AUGCAACGCUUCAUCUUGCUCGUGACUGCUCUCGCAGCUGUAUUCCCCUCGAGCCUGGCAUGGGGCUUCCCUUCAAGCUUUCCUCUGAUUAGAAGGGAGGACAUCUCGCCCGGCAGUCCACUCUACGAAUGCCACGCCGAUUGCGGCGGAGUCAUCCUCAUGUCCCAGGACGACACCAACGCCACGUACUGCUCCAACGCGACCUACAAGACCGAGCUCAGCGGCUGCCUGGAGUGCGCCCUGACCUACAACAUCUGGCAGUACUACGGCGACGACGUCAAGUCCGCGGCCGAAGCGUGCGGCGAUAGCGCCACGCCCAGUGCCUCGUCGGCGACGACGAGCGCCACGGCGGUUGCAAACUCGACGGCUACCAACUCUGGGGCGAGAGCCACCGGCUCUUCUUCCUCGCACGCGUCCUCGUCCUCGUCCAGUAGCUCCGCGGCUGCUGCGUCGGCCACUUCGAUGUCUGGUGGAGCGGGCGCGUCGAUGAGCAGGAUGGCGAUAUGUCGUGCUGUGAUAUUGGGUGGAUAG